AUGUCUGAUAAUAUAGUUCCCCCAAAAGGAAAAUGGCCGGUUGAUCCCCAGCACGAUCUACCCAUCUCAGAAGACCGUAUAUGGGUGGAUGGUUGUUUUGACUUCAGUCACCACGGACAUGCGGGUGCCAUGCUACAGGCCCGUAGGCUAGGCAGAGAACUUUAUGUUGGUGUACACUCUGAUGAGGCCAUCUUAGAGAAUAAAGGCCCGACAGUGAUGAAAUUGGAGGAGAGAAUAGCUGCAGUGGAAGCAUGCCGAUGGGUAACUCGCUGCGUGCCCUCGGCUCCCUACGUGACUUUCCUCCCCUGGGUGUCACAUUAUGGAUGCAAGUAUGUCGUGCAUGGCGAUGACAUAACCUCUGACAGCAAUGGCGAUGACUGUUAUCGUUACGUGAAGGCUGCAGGCCGUUUCCGAGUGGUCAAGCGAACGCCGGGAAUAUCCACAACUGAUCUAGUAGGACGCAUGCUUCUCUGUACCAAAGGGCAUUUCGUUAGAAGUGUGAAGGAGACAAUUACUGGGAAAGAAGGCUCCGGUAGCGAGGAGGAACGCGCACAAUCUGGUGAGAAUCUGCUGCAGAGAAUUCGCGACUACGCAACCGAUGAGAGCGGUCUACAGCCAGGACCCUGUGUCUGGAUCUGGAAUGGUUCCACCUCAGCGAAGCUUGGAAAUACGAGUGAAGAGUCGGGAUCAUUUGAGCAGAUCGUCACAGGAAAGCUACCCAAGCCAGGACAACGUAUUGUGUAUGUUGACGGAGGCUUUGAUCUGUUUUCUUCCGGUCAUAUUGAAUUUUUGCGCCAGGUCAUUGAGUUAGAAAGACUCGAGGGCCACCGUCAGCAUUGGUAUGAUCCUGAGAUAAGGGAAAAGAGAAUUCAAAGAUAUGGUGAAGAUUACGAGCCGGCAUUUGUUGUUGCCGGCAUUCAUGAUGAUGAUGUCAUAAAUCAUUGGAAAGGGCUUAACUAUCCCAUCAUGAACAUCUUCGAGCGUGGGCUAUGUGUCCUUCAGUGUCGAUACGUCCAUGCCGUCGUCUUCUCUGCUCCCUUUUCCCCGAGCCAGUCGUAUUUGGAAGCAAUGCCUCUAGGUGCGCCAGAUGCAGUUUAUCAUGGCCCCACCACGUUCAUACCCCUCACCUACGAUCCUUAUGUCGCUCCGAAGAAGAUGGGUAUAUUCAAGGAAUCUCCGAGCCAUCCCUAUCAGCAUGUCAAUGCUGGGGAAAUUGUCGACAGGAUUUUGAAGAGCAGAGAGGCGUACGAAGCGAGACAACGUGCCAAAGUUGAGAAAGGCAUCGUUGAGGAUUUAGCGAAGUCGAGGGAGGCAAGUAAGGUGUGA